CCAGAGCGCGGAUAUCUGGGAUUCGCAGAAAAUUUGAAACUCACCGGUCGGCACGGUCGCUGUAAUGAAUGGAGACGUGUGUUCUGCUCACUUGAGACAUCCGACUUUUAAGCUAUCGUCCAGAUUUUGCUUCACUUCCGACAAGAGCUCCGCUGCGACGACACGCUUCACGAUCAGGGAAAAUGAGUAUCCAAUGGACAUUGAUCGCGGCCUUCCUCUACGGGGAAAUCGCCGUCGUCUUGCUCCUGAUAAUACCCUUCAUCUCGCCGAAGAUGUGGAACUAUUUCUUCAAAUCUCGGUUUUUACGGAGUCUCGCGGCCCAAUCCAACACUUAUUUUACGGUCAUCAUAGGGAUACUUACCCUCUUCUUCAUAGACUCGCUCCGGGAGAUGGCGAGAUACUCGUCGCUCCGUCACCACGAGAUCGAACAUUCUCACCUCGAUGCUGAGAUGCAACAAUCGAUGAAAAUGUUCAGAGCUCAGCGAAAUUUCUACAUCGCUGGUUUCGCUCUCUUCCUGUGGAUGGUGAUCCGUCGCCUGGUGACUCUGAUCAGUUUCCAAGCAAACCUGAUGGCGUCGAAUGAAGCCACCCUAAAACAGGCUCAGAACGCGGCCGCAGCCGCCUCUCGUGCCAUGGACGGUGGUACGAAUUCCUCCAAUGAGAUCAAGGAGCUCGAAGAGCAACUCGAGAAGCAGAGCAAGGAGCUUGCGAAGGCAAUUAAGGACCGCGACGCCAUGAAGACCCAGUCAGAGAAUUUGGCGAAACAAUAUGACGACCUCUGCAAUUUACAUGCUAAGUGCGCUGACGCUUCCGGCUCGCGCAAAGACGACUAGGAGAGCAGCCGUUCGGUGUGCAAGUGGUCCGACUCACCGCAAGUGCGCGGAACUCGGGAGUCAUUCAGUGCGUUUGCGAGAUCGACGGGUCGAUACCUAGAUCAGAGAGUAUAUCAAUGUAAAGUAUCAUGAAUCGACCGGGUUAUCGAUGACUGACCAGUCAAAGCCUCGCGGGUCGGAUUGGAUUAAUUCCCCGUCUAUCCGCGUCUGUUAUGGAGGAGCCUAUUCUUAAUAUAAAUGUGUGUUACCAUGGUUCGUACCAACAACUUAUGCCUUGUGAUCCGUUGACGCGUGAUUUUCGUCCUUUUGCUACUCAGAGUGGGAAUCGAUCCGGAUGCUCAUGUGAAUCCGAGAGAUGAGAUGCGGUCGAAUAAAAUAAUGUUCCUCGA